AUGCCCAACGACUUCCUUCAAUCGUCACCUUCUGUGAACCUUGCCGAUCUGUUGAUGUACACCGGUUAUCCGGACGGCGAAGACAAAUCUCAUAACAACAAGGAGUCAAGAAAGUCGUCUUCGUCCACAAAAGAUCUGAAUCUGAAUUCUCCCCAACACCAACUGGCCAAUCCCAACCACACCAUCCCAUCCAUACCUCCUUCAGCCUCCAGAGUGAACGGCAGUUCCACUAACCUCUCCGGGUGGACUCCAUUGAUAUCGAAGACUUACUAUAACGACCUGAUUCUUCCAUUUACCACCACUCCGAACAAGUACACUUUGCCUCCUAACUUGUCCAACUCAGGCUCCAAGGAUGUGGAAUUCAUUGAUUAUGGUCAGGGCUUGACGUUAACCCCGUUCUUGUCACAUAAUCUUAACAUGGUUUCAACGUCUUCGCUCAACCACCAACUCAGUAACAUCACACCUUUUCACGACAAGACAUUGCAUCUAGCAGACUUUUUCAUGGACUCGCCUAUCAGACAGACACCUGGCAAGGACUUGGACACUAUCACGCCUUCCAAGUUCAAGAUCGAACACACCAUCAAAACUUCCAGCAUAAAAUCUCCCAUCUUCCAAGACCUUAAAAGCGCGCAAAAGAGGUCAAUCACUCAAGUAGACACUCCUCCCAGACAGCCUCACAAGUUGUCCAUUUCUACAAAGCCUUCUGUACAGAACAAUGACGAUUCCACAGACACAGAAGACAAAGAAGAAGAUGAUGAAGAAGAUGAUGACGAAGACAAAGAAAACCAGUCUCCAGAGAGAGAUGCCAAACUGAACAAGUACUACUUGCAAACACCUUCUAAAAAUGUCUUGAGCGAUUUAACCAACUUCGCAAAGACCCCUACCAAUGGCGUAUCUAAGGAUCCUAAGAACUUCCAGACUCCUGCAAAGCCUAUUCCAGCAUCAUCGCCUUCUACGGUGAUAGUAACAAAUUCCAAAACCUCACAAACACCUAUUAAUGACGAUGAAACUGACGAAGAAGACGAUGGCAAAGAAGUUAUCCAACCACCUAGCCCUACUCCUAAUAAAGAGUCUAAGGUAAGCGUGUUGAAAACUGUAGACAAUAUUGACGAUCUUAAGCCGGCUAUGGGUGUGUUUUCAGAAAAGAAGACGCUACCUGUGCCCAAGUCAAAGAACAAAAACAAGUCCAGUUCACACACUCGUAGUGGUAGCAAGUCUAACAUAAAACCGGAUGGAACUGUCAACAAUCGGUCCAAGAUGCAAGCGGGAAUGAACAAGUUCCAGAUCAUUUUCACUGAUGUACAUACACUAAUGAACAGUAAAAACAAGAAGAAGCCCUCUAAUUCCAACUUGACCCAAAAUCAAAAAUUGAAAAGAACCCAAUCGGCAAACGAGAGCAAAGUUCCGACCUCCGACGACUCCAAAAAUUUGAUUCGUUCGUCAACCGCACCUGUUGUUCCUUUUCAGAACCACUUGGUGCCGCAACAAAUGUCAUAUGGGGUUCCAGGACUUAACCAUGCGUCAUCCAAUGCUUCCAGUCAGGACCAUAAUCUUUCUAUAAACACAAGCAAAGAGCUCAGUAUGAUUUCUGGCGGAAGCAAUACCAGCAAUUUGAACAUGACAACUAAUACAGACCAUUCCUCGUUUGAGUUGGCAGGCCUAUCAUCUACACCCAAUGGAAAGUACUUCCUAGACAAAGUUUUUGAGAAACAGUCACCGCAAACACAGCAUUUGUUGAACCAAGUUGGUAACAACUUCAUGACGCACCAAGGUGCAAUGCCUCCUCCAAAUAAACAACAGCAUCCGCAACAUAUACAAAUGAUUCAUCCCCAGCAACAAUUGCAUCCCCAACAACAUCAGCAGCAACAACAGCAACAGCCAAUGAUGAUGAUGAUGAUGUCUACACCACAACAUCAUAAUGUUGUUAACUAUUCACCCCAACUCUAUGGCAAUGACAUGUCUCCCAGUGCCGAUAGCAGUUCCAACAACGAUAGCACUCAAAUGGGCUACCCAUACCAGAAUUACCAACCUUUCUCCAAAGACUUGAAUUCAACUCCCCAGAACUACUCCAUAAUCAAUUUGAACGGGCAAUCAGUGAUGAUGCCAGUGAUGAUGAACACGAAGUCCCGGCCAUUUACAGGAAUGAUGCAGUCAGAUGAGGACACAUCGCUACUCAAGAAUGAUUAG